GUUCUUGUCACUGUCCCUCUACCUCGCCUACUACUCCGUAAACUUGUUUGACUCCAACGAAAGACAUGUCAGAUACCGAGGGAAACAAGAAAACGGGCUAUAGAUUGGAGUAUGCCGGCUCAAACAGAGCGAAGUGCAAAGGUCCCAAACCAUGCAGCGGCUCCACGAUCGCGAAGGGCAGCUUGCGGUUCGGGACAGUUGUCGAUUUCAGAGGAAAUACCUCCUUUGCCUGGCGUCACUGGGGAUGCGUCACACCCAAAAUAUUAGCCAAUAUCAAAAACCAAUUCGAGUCCGCGGACGAUCUCGACGGGUUUGAAGACCUGAAAGAGGAGGAUCAAGAGCGCGUCCGUGAGGCCUACGAAACAGGCAAAGUCCGUGAUGACGAUAUCCCCGAGACCGCCAGGAAACCAGCCGGUGAGGAUGAUGAAGAGGAAGAGGAGAAGAAGCCGGCAGCCAAGCGCGGGCGGAAGAAGAAGGAAGAAGCUAAGGGAGAGGAUGGUGAUGAGGCAGACUCUAAGCCCAAGCGGGGGAGGAAGAAGAAGGACGAGGGCGAGACUGCGGCGGAGGAGAAGCCGAAAGCUUCGCGGGCGAGAAAGGCUGCUCCGAAGAAGGCUGAGCCGGAGACAGAUGAGGGUGCGACGGCGGAAGAAGGGACUGAGGAGGAGAAACCCAAGAGGAAACGAGCGCCUACUACCAGGAAGACAGAGGCUGCCGCAACAGCAAAGAAGCCUCGGGCCUCUAGGAAAAAGAAGGAGGCAUCUCCACCUGCUUCGGACGUGGAGGACUUCACCAAAGCCAUGGAUGAUGUGCCCUCUGAUCUUGAGGAUAAGGAAGCAGAAGAGGAAGAGGAAAAGACGAAGAAGCGGAAACGCGCUGCGCCUGCCGCUAAGAAAGCGCCUGCUAAGUCCCGCAGCAAGAAACAAGCGGACGAGACCGCGGAUGAGCAGGGAGAGGACGAAAGCGAAGGAAACAAGAAGAAGGCCCGCACGACCAAGGCCAGUGGGUCUAAGCCCGCGUCGAAGGCGAAGCCCGCAUCAACCAAGUCGCGGGCUAAGAAAAGUAAGGUUGUCGUAGAGGAUGACGAUGAUGAGGAGUAAAAGGGCGAUUUCGUUACUCCAGCCUGCUUUUGUGGUGUCGGCGUAGUGUUGAUGACUAUUUCUUUUGCUCUGUAACUGUUAUCGUAGGCCGGUCUCUCGUGAUCGUAUAACUGGUAGGGUACCUGUAGUGUAUUUGAUGACAAUCCAUCUCCAUCUAUUUAUCAGACAUGCAGCUGUCUUGAUUCCGC